AUGAGCAAAACCAACAAUUUUGACAUUCAAAGUCUAGCCUGUGUUCUCUGUGGGCGGACAGAUGACUGCCCCCAAAAGUAUGGAGAAAAAAGGACCUAUAUGGAAUACAAUCUCACUGUUCACUAUUACUGUUUGUUGAUGUCAAGUGGCAUUUGGCAGAGAGGGGAAGAAGAUGAAGGUGUUGAUGGUUUCUUAAUCACAGAUAUUAGAAAAGAAGUAACUAGAGCUGCAAAACUGACAUGUAAUAUCUGUAAGAGGAAGGGUGCUUCAAUUGGAUGUGUAGCUCCCAAAUGCAAACGAAGUUACCAUUUUCCUUGUGGGAUACAAAAGGAAUGUAUUUUCCAAUUCACAGAAGACUUCAGGUCUUACUGUUGGGAACAUAAACCAGUCCAAAAUUUUCCAGAUACAGAAUCUAGAGGAACUUCACAGUGUACAAUAUGCCUGGAUUUGGUUGAACACCUUCCAAUGUACACUGUAUUGAAAAGUCCUUGCUGUAAAAACGCUUGGUUUCAUCGAGAAUGCUUGCAGUAUCAAGCUUUGAGUGCUGGGAUAUUUUUCUUUAGGUGCACAGUAUGUAAUAACAAGGACAAAUUUCAGAAAGAAAUGUUGAGAAUGGGCAUAUAUAUUCCAGAAAGGGAUGCAUCUUGGGAACUUGAAGAGAAUGCAUAUCAAGACCUACUGCUAUGUUAUCAACACUGUGACGUUAGAAGAUGUCUCUGCAAGAAAGGAAGAGACUACAAUGAACCUGAUAG